CCUAAAUCCAAGCUGUUCUCCAAAUACCCAACCCGAGCAGCCCAUUCACACUUGACAGAACCAAAUCCAAACACUGUGUUUCACACUUGGUGAAGGAGAGGAGAAGAAGGAAACUAAAAGCGCUAAGGAAUAAUAAUAAUAAUAAUAAGAGAAAUGACGAAGAAGAAGAAUAUUAUUAUUACUCGGUGGUGAUUGUCUGCAACUGAUGAGAAAUUCUAUAUGGAGAAGAAGAAGAUAGAAGAGGAAUUAGGAGAGACGAGCAAUUGGAAUAUGGCGAAUUCGAUGUUUUCCGACGAGGCUACUUUGGCUUUUUCAAGCAUCUUUGACAAUAUGACACCAUGUGAUCAUGGCGGUUCUGGUUAUUCUGGUUCUGGUUCGGGUUCUGGGUCUGGUUAUUCUUUUGGCUUUACGGACUUACUGGGUAUCAACCAUGAUUUUCCUGCUUCCUCUUCUCCUUUAUUCGAUUAUUAUUCUUCGCUUCAUCACCCACCCACCAACGCUUUCCCCUUCCCAACAACACAACAAUUCCAGGGACAGGGACAAGAUCAGGAGCAGGAGAAGAAGAAACAAGGGCUGGCGCCGUCGCCGGUGUCGACGACGGUGGCUGCUGAGUCAUCGGAGGUCUUAAACAACCCACCUACGCCUAACUCAUCUUCGAUCUCUUCGUAUUCAAACGAGGCCGGAAAUGACGAUGACCAUCAUCAUCAUCAUCAACAGAGUACGAAAGAUCAGGAGGACGAGCAAGAUCAAGACAAGUCCAAGAAACAGUUGAAACCGAAGAAGAAGAACCAGAAAAAGCAAAGAGAGCCACGAUUUGCGUUCAUGACAAAGAGUGAAGUCGAUCAUUUAGACGACGGCUACAGAUGGAGGAAGUACGGCCAAAAAGCUGUCAAGAACAGCCCUUAUCCCAGGAGCUACUAUCGUUGCACCAGUGGAGGAUGCGGAGUGAAGAAGAGAGUGGAGAGAUCCUCUGAGGAUCCAACAAUUGUAGUGACAACCUACGAAGGGCAACAUACACAUCCAUGUCCCAUUACGCCACGUGGAAGCAUCGGGUCAAUCCUCCCUCAGAAUCCAACGGCUGAAAACUUAAUCGGUGCUACAGCAUCUUCUUUUCUCGAACCUCCAUACUUGAACCGGCAACAACACCAACGACCCUAUAUCUACAGCCCAUCUCCUUCCUCGAACGUCAUUAAUAUAAGCACCAGUAAUAGUACUGGUCCAGUUGGUACUACUACUUUCAUUGAUCCGACGUCGUUUUCAAGCUUUGCCAACGUACCACCAGCUCCGUCUCCAUCUCCAACUCCUACUCUUUCUUUGCUCAGAGACCAUGGCCUUCUUCAAGAUAUCGUCCCAUCUCAGAUGAUCAGAUCCAUUAACGAGCCGAAAACGGAGUUGAAAUGAUGAUAUAUUAAUGGAGGGUUUUUGUAUUAAUUGGUACUGCAUGAGCUGAUCAUGAGCUGGUAAUUAAUGUGGUAUGUAAUUUUCUCUAACUUAAUUAAUUUGACUGGUCUUCUGGGUUAAUUUUAUUAUCUCUAGAGAACAAA